AUUGUCUCGCGCCCUGCCGAGUUUAUUAUAAGCGCCGCGCGAGCCGCAGCGCGCUGUCAAACGGAGCGCAGCGCGGAGAGGAGAGGAGAGCUGAAGACACGCACAGACAGAGGAGGUGAAAGAGAAGAGAGAGAGAGAGAGAGAGAGAGAGAGAGAGAGAGAGAGAGAGAGAGAGAGAGAGAGAGAGAGAGAGAGUGCAAAGAACACAUCUGGAUUACCGCAGGGAGCCCCUCCACACAGAGAUAUACAAACCAAAAGAGUUUGAGGGAGGGGAAAGUUUGGAGAACCUGGAGAGAAGAAGCCCGACUCCGACGCGCCGUCACCGUCGAGAGACGAGCAGCAGCUGCGUGAAAAAGCCGCGGACCGGGGUCUGCGCCGGCUCUCCUCCAUGUAUAAGAUGGAUUACUCCUACCUGAACUCCUACGACUCCUGCAUGGCGGCCAUGGAAGCGUCGGCCUACGCGGACUUCAGCUCCUGCAGCCAGGCCAGCUCCUUCCAGUACAACCCGAUCCGGAGCGGGCCGUUCUCCAACCCGGGCUGCACGCCGCUGAGCACGGCCAGCUGCACGCUGGGGGCCCUGCGAGAGCACCAGCCCACACCGUACUCCUCCGUUCCCUACAAGUUCUUCUCGGACCCUUCCGGACUGAACGAGAAGAGGAAGCAGCGGCGCAUCAGGACCACCUUCACCAGCUCCCAGCUGAAGGAGCUGGAGCGAGUCUUCGCCGAGACGCACUACCCGGACAUCUACACCCGAGAGGAGCUGGCGCUGAAAAUAGAUCUGACCGAGGCCCGGGUCCAGGUGUGGUUCCAGAACAGGCGUGCCAAGUUCCGCAAGCAGGAGAGGGCAGCCAAUGCCAAGGCCAACAGCUCUGGUGGCAACACGGGGAGCAGCAGCAGCAGCAGCUCUGGGGGGAAGAAAGGUGGAGAAACGAGAUCUUCGUCGGAUGACGACGAGUCCAAGGAGUCCACCUGCAGCCCCACACCCGACAGCACCGCUUCCCUGCCCGGCUCGGCCAACGGGAACCUGGGGAGCCCCGCCAGCCUGAGCCCCAGCCCGGCCCCCGCCAACAGCGGCUACACCAACGCCUCCAGCUCCCCGGUCCUGCAGGGGCUGAAGCCCCCCAGCUGGUCCAGCCUGGGGCCGUCCAACCCAGCUGUGGCCCAGCCGGCUGCUCAGACUCAGGAGAUUCUGAAGGCCUGGCAGCCGGCGGACAGUAUGACCGGGCCUUUCGCCGGAGUCCUGUCGUCCUUCCACAGAAAACCCAAUCCUGGCAUCAAGACAAAUCUGUUCUGAGGUAGAGAGGGGGAGAAGACGAGGACCAAUCAGGAAUAGAUGAGAGCUUCAAACUUUUUUUCUUUGUUUUUUUUUUUUAAGUGGAGAAACAAAAGAUGCCCAUCAAGUUCUGGUCAGAGGCCAGAAAAUACCAGGUCUGGUAGUCCAGGCGUGUUAUGAAGCUGUACAGAAUCAGCUUGGAUGUGGACAGAUUACAGAUUCCUAAAACUUUCUCUAUUUAAUGACUUUGAACUCUGCAUUACAGGCGUUCAAGUUGUCUCCUGAACACUUCCUAGCAUCUUCUCUGUUUUUGUUGCGUACUCACAUUCCCACACUCUGUGCAGCAGCUCUGAUGAAGUAUGGAGGUCAGGUACGACCUAAAAGCAGAAAUCCAAACAUCGCUCAUCUUUGCUGAGGAAACAAAGCAAACCUUUACCCUCAAGCACAACUAGAUACACAGACUUUUUUUUUUUUUAAAUGGCCCCAAAUCUCUCUUUGCUGAGCGGAACGGGGGUGCCUCAAAAUCCAAUUAGAGCUGGUGGGUUCAGACUAGACGCCUCCCCAGAUCGGCUCAUUCCCUCGUCCGAAUGUGACGUCUUAGAAAACAGUUGCCACUUUUGGCGAAUCUCAAAAGGGAGACGGUUUUUGAGUCAAACUUGUAGUUUAAGCUUGGAAAUUUGUGGGUCUGACUGCAUAAUGGAUCUGUUCUGCUGAUGGUAAAGCAAUGCAAUCCGUCCCUCACUUAAGACUGAAGAGGUUGCUUCCCCUUCCCUCCACCUGCUUUAAUCAACUUUUCAGACCAAACCAGAAUUACUUGUUCUAAACCUACAUAAAAUGUCCUGUUUUGUCCCUUAAUGCCUCAGUUUUGGGCUUUUUCAUGCAUUCCUCAGAAUGAAAAAAAAAAAAACAACAAAAAAAACCCCAACAUGUAUUUAUUAAUAUUUUUCACACAUCUUUGAAUGGCUGUAAAUUCUGUAGAUAGUAAUAUAAAUAUUAGAUAGUCGUCCCACUUUUUUUUCUGGCUUUACAGUCCUACUUCACUGCAGAGCGUCUGUCUCACAGGAACAUGUGAAGCUCUGUUGAAUGAGAAGUUACAGCACUAUGAAUAUUCUAAUAAAUCUACAUAAUGAAGGCACUACCUGACAACA